CGUUUGUUGUCUGUGUUGACUGUUCCGUAUCUCAGGUUCGGGGGCUGCCGCAGCCGCCACCGCUAUUGCCAUCAUGUCGGUCCCCAGCGCCCUCAUGAAGCAGCCCCCCAUUCAUUCCACGGCCGGGGCCGUCCCGGUUCGCAAUGAGAAAGGGGAGAUUUCAAUGGAGAAAGUGAAAGUGAAACGUUAUGUAUCUGGAAAAAGGCCAGACUACGCACCUAUGGAGUCCUCUGAUGAGGAGGAUGAGGAAUUUCAGUUCAUCAAGAAAGCCAAGGAGCAAGAAGCAGAGCCUGAGGAACAGGAAGAGGAUUCACCUAGUGAUCCCCGGCUUCGACGUUUACAGAAUCGCAUUAAUGAAGAUGUUGAAGAAAGGUUGGCUCGGCAUCGGAAAAUAGUAGAACCUGAAGUAGUGGGAGAAAGCGAUUCUGAAGUAGAAGGAGAUGCAAGGCGAAUGGAGCGAGAAGACAGUAGUGAGGAAGAGGAGGAAGAAAUUGAUGAUGAGGAAAUUGAGUGGCGGCGUGGUAUGAUGCGUCAGCGAGCACAGGAGAGGAAAAAUGAGGAGAUGGAGGUCAUGGAAGUGGAAGAUGAAGGGCAUUCUGGGGAGGAAUCUGAAUCAGAGUCUGAGUAUGAAGAAUAUACAGACAGUGAGGAUGAAAUGGAACCCCGUCUCAAGCCUGUUUUCAUCCGAAAGAAGGACCGUGUAACAGUUCAAGAACGUGAGGCAGAAGCACUGAAACAGAAGGAGUUGGAGCAAGAGGCAAAACGUCUGGCUGAGGAGAGGCGCAAGUAUACGCUCAAGAUUGUGGAAGAGGAGACAAAGAAGGAAUUGGAGGAAAACAAACGUUCCUUGGCUGCCCUAGAUGCACUCAACACAGAUGAUGAGAAUGAUGAGGAGGAAUAUGAGGCAUGGAAAGUUCGGGAGCUGAAAAGAAUCAAACGGGACAGAGAAGAUCGAGAAGCGAUUGAGAAGGAGAAAGCAGAGAUUGAACGCAUGCGAAACCUGACAGAAGAAGAAAGACGAGCUGAACUCCGAGCAAAUGGCAAAGUUAUUACCAACAAAGCCGUUAAGGGCAAAUACAAAUUCUUGCAGAAGUACUAUCACCGGGGUGCUUUUUUCAUGGAUGAAGAUGAAGAAGUUUACAAAAGAGAUUUCAGUGCUCCCACCCUGGAGGAUCACUUCAAUAAGACUAUUCUUCCCAAAGUUAUGCAGGUCAAGAACUUUGGACGAUCAGGCAGAACCAAAUACACCCACCUUGUCGAUCAAGACACCACUUCCUUUGAUUCAGCUUGGGGUCAAGAGAGUGCCCAAAAUACCAAGUUCUUCAAGCAAAAAGCAGCUGGGGUACGAGAUGUAUUUGAGAGGCCAUCUGCCAAGAAAAGAAAAACUACCUAGGAUUCAACCUCCUACUUCCCUGACAAUGGACACAUGGGGAAGUCUUUUUGGGGUUUUAUUUUUUUCAAGAUUGCUCAUGUGGAACCUCUGGCACCUUUGCAGCCUAGCACCCUUUUUAUACCUAAGGGACGAUAAAACAAGGGACCAUAAGAGGACUUUUUUAAUGCUGAAAAGCAAUAUCCAGAUAUGAGUCUUAAGCCUGAGCUUGGUGACUGGAUCCUAGACUUGUUUUCGUCACUUCUCAUGCCAACUCUGGCUUCAAAGUCUCACAUGUGUAACAUAGGUUACAAAGAAGUAAUACAGUAUCUCCUUAGAGUUAGGAGAAGUAACAUAGGGAAAUUAAGCUUAUUAAAAAAAAAAAAAAACCUUUUUUUGACAUUUUCCUAGCAUAUGUUUUCUCGUCUUGAAUUUUAUUUCAUCUAUAUAUGUGCCACAACCUAUAAUUUAUUCUCCCCAUAAACCUUAAGGCAGAGAGAAAAUAAAAGAAAACAACCUAUACCUUAUAAAUCAAAAACCCUUAGAAGCCCAGCACAAGCUCCCACCUUUUUAAAUUUCUCCAGACCAGCAAAUGAACAAAAUUAAUUUGCUCUGGCUUCCUUACAUUUAAUUUCAGAGAAAAAUGUGUCCCAUGUUCUAAAGCCCAUACCACCCUGAAAUUUCCAUUGCCAGUAGAACACUUUACCUUCCUUUAAUUAAACCACUUAACAUUAAGUUUCAAUAUAAGUACCAACCACUAUUACUCAUAACAUGUUUUAAACCUGAAGUUGCUCACUUGGCCACAAUGCAAGUGAUGAGUAGAAUGUUAACUAGGGAAAUGAUACUAAUAUCCUAUUUCAAAAAGAUGUGGCUUGAGCUUCAUUGAUGUGCUGGUAAUGUGGCUUGUAUAAAUUUAAAUAAAGUUUUCCCUUAAGUCU